AAAGUGGCAUGACGUCACGGGAGGAAUUGUUUUGAUUUGUCUUUUUAAAAAAUGCCCUGAAGACUCAAACAGAUGAUGGAUCUGAAGAUUGUCCUCCUGUUUGUGAGCGCCUUGUGUUUGAACGCUGCAGCAUCAACACAGCACAGCUGUGGGAAACAGACCCUGGUCGGGCCGCCUGGAUUGUCCAGGAUAGUCGGUGGCCGAGAGGCCCCUGAGGGAGCGUGGCCCUGGCAGGUCAGCAUCCAGACUGUAACCAGGCACCACUGCGGAGGGACGAUUCUCAACAGCCUUUGGGUGCUCACUGCAGCACACUGCUUCAAAAAAUACCUACGGCUCCGAAAAGACCACUUCCAAGUGGUGGUGGGACUAAACAUGCUGUCCACACCUGGGCCUCACACCCAGACACGCUCCAUCAGCAAAAUCAUAAUGCAUAAGGACUACAGUGACAUCACAUCCGACAGCGACGUGGCGCUGCUGCUGCUCAGCUCUCCCCUAAAAUUCACAGAUCUCAUCCAGCCUGGCUGCACUCCUCAUAACGAGAGCCACGAGGCAGCCCUCAGCUUGAGCAACUGCUUCAUCAGUGGGUGGGGGAGCACCCACUACAAAGGGGAUACGAUGGACAGUCUGCAGGAGGCUGAGGUGGAGCUCAUUGACGAGAUCAGAUGUAACCAGAGAACUUGGUACAAUGGCAUCAUCACAGAAAACAUGAUCUGUGCAGGACUGCAGAGUGGAGGAGUUGACACUUGUCAGGGCGACAGCGGAGGCCCACUGCAGUGCUACAGCGAGAGCGAACACAGCUUCUAUGUUGUAGGAGUAACAAGCUUCGGGGCGGAGUGCGGACUGCCCUACAGACCAGGGGUGUAUUCAAAAACCAGCAGGUUCGCAGAGUGGCUGAAGGCAACGCAGGAAGGAGCUAGAGCUACUGCACACAGACUCACCAGAAGGCUAACCACAGCUCUGCUCUUUGCUGCCCUGACGCUGCUCUGAAACAUCCGCUCUGUCUGCAAAAAACAGAAUCACUAAAGCACAAAGCAAACAUGAGCUGUACAUGUUUUCUUUCUUUUACAAAUGGGCAAAUAUUUUUGAUUUUCUUUCACCUAAAGUCUUCCUGGUUAAUAUAUAAUUUACUACAAGUAAAUCAGGCCGUCUAGUUAGAACUUCUGUCCCUGGGAGGACAUUUGUCUCACUCUCAAUGACACAUUUCUAUAUAGAGACUCGCAAAAGUAUUCACACCCCUUGAGCUUUUUUUCACAUUUCAUGUUACCACCACAGACUAUUACAUAUUUUAGCUAUUUUAUAUGAUAGCGCAUAAUUUGUGAAGUGACAGAAAAAUUAUAUUUUUGGUUUUUCCUGUUUAAGGAUCUGAUAUUUGUAUGCAGGACCUUUAAAUCUAAUACCCCCAUUAAAUCUAAAUAAAAUCACAUUUAAGUCGGGAUUCUGGCUGGACUCUGAAAUGUUAAUAUUGCUUCCAGUAAGAAGAAACGUGUUAGUGAGAUUAAAAUAUUAUUUUAAACCUAAAUCGGCCAGGGGUGUCAAUAAUUUUGAGUUUAACUCUAAAAAGUGAAUACAGUCCACCUGUGUGAAAUUUCAUCUCAGUAUAAAUGCAGCUGUCCUCGGAGGCUUGUUAGGGAACAUUAGAAAACAAACACCACCAAGAACACGAAGGAGCAAAGCAGACAGAUCAGGGAGGAGGUUAGGGAGACAUUUAAAGCAGAGUUGGGUUAUAAACAUCUCAAGCUUUGAAUGCCUCAUUGAGCUAUCAAUCAUCUGAACAUGGAAAUGGAGUAUGUCACAAAUGUAAACCUACCAAGAUAUCACUAUCCACCAAACAGCCAUAGGUCUUGUGUAAAAGAUACCACAAAGCCACGCAGGGGACACAGCAGACAUGUAGAAGGUGCUUUGGUUUUACAAAAACCCUCUUUUUGCUGAACACACCAUCCCCAUGGUAAAACAUGGUGGUGGCAGCACCAUGCUCUUUUUCAGCAGGACAGGGAAACUGGUCAGAGCGUUUGGGAAGAUGGAUGAAGGUAGUAUAGGGCAAUUCUGGAAGAAAACCAGUCUUUUAGUCCAACACAAAGCCGCUUGUUGCAGAAGUAGUUCACACAUCUCUCAUGUAUUCUUUUUUCUGUUUAGAAUGCCUAAUAUGUUAGUGCAAAGUGUAUAUUUGCAUUUGAUGGCAUUUAAAAGGAAGAUGUAAAUAUUAAAGCCUCUGCCAAAUCUU